AUGAGCUUCUACGUAAUUAAAGGAACACGUUGGGUGUGGCACAGCCGACAACAAGAAGCCUAUGACACUGCUAAGGCCCUUCUGCAGUCAUCACAAGUUCUCGUGCAUUACGACCCGGAGAAGGAGUUGCUGUUAUCAUGCGAUGCAUCUCCGUACGGGGUUGGUGCGGUUUUGGCACAUAAGAUGAAUGAUGGUUCGGAGAGACCGAUUGCAUAUGCGUCAAGGACACUUUCCAAACCUGAACGAGGGUACUCGCAAUUAGAUAAAGAAGCGUUGGCUAUCCUAUUUGCUGUAAAAAAGUUCCACCAGUUUUUGUAUGGUAGACACUUCGUAGUCUACACCGACCACAAACCAUUGCUUGGAUUGCUAAAUCCUGACAAAGCGACACCCACAAUGGCAUCAAGCAGAAUGCAGCGUUGGGCGUUGACACUCUUAGCGUACGAGUAUGAGUUGAUCUACCGACCAGGCAACCAGAAUGGCAAUGCAGAUUCUUUGAGUCGUCUACCUCUUCCAGAUGUUCCUGCCUCAACAUCAGUCCCUGGCGACAUUAUCAAUUUGAUGGAGCACAUUAAUGGUAGCCCAGUAGAUGCCACAAAACUCAAAUUGUGGACAGACCGUGACCCAGUCCUUUCCCAAAUCAAGCAUUUUGUGUUGAACGGAUGGCCGACAACUGUCCAAGAUACAGACCUACAACCAUACUUUGCUCGAAAGGACGAACUAAGUGUUCACGCAGGAUGUUUAAUGUGGGGUGCACGAGUUAUUGUACCACCUCAAGGGAGAGACGAGGUUAUGAAUAUUCUCCACGAUAGCCACCCAGGCAUUGUGCGAAUGAAGGGUAUCGCUAGAAGUCAUGUCUGGUGGCCUAAGAUGGAUCAGGCAUUAGAGGAAUGA